UCUUCUUCGAUUAUAAAAACAACCCUCCUCCAACAAUUACCCUCUCCUCAACAGCUUCUCCAGCCUGUCAGACAUCAGCUUCUUUUCUAGGCACCUCGCUUCAUCGCUUAAAAUCCUAUUCUGCUUCCUCCUAUUUUUUUUUAUUUUUUUUUUCGACAUGUUGUACUACGCAAGCAAGGACGCGAUCCGAACCUGCACUGUAGCCAUCACCUCAAUCUUGGCUGCAUCCUCAUUCUUUUUAUCGGCCAACGCCCUUGUCGCGUCUUCUUCGAUCUCUACUCCUACUGCUGCUUCUAUCGUCGCCACUGCUUCGAUGACCUCAAUUCAUCCCGAGAGCGCCGCUAACAGUCCUUGGACCUUCUCUCGUGAAGCUUGGGUAACCACGAGCGAUAAUGGCAAGUCCCCAACUAACCACCCGGAUCAGGCUCCCUCGCAGGCAGGAGCGACUGCUACAUCCCCGUUAUUGUCUUCGUCGGCAUCUCUUUUAAAGCGUACUGUCAGUAGUGAUCAUGAUUGGUACUGUGGAGCCAGUGGUGGCGAUAGCAGUCAUCAUCAUGUACGCCGCUGCGAUGAUGAUUGUUGCUGCGAUUGGGAUUGUUGCGACUGGGAUUGCUGUGAUAACUGGGAUUGCUGCCACGAUGAUUGCUGCCACGAUGAUUGUUGCCAUGACAAGUGUUGCUGCUGAAAAAAAUGAG